AUGGACCUGGUCAUAACGCAGGAGCUGGCCCGCGCCGAGAGCCAGCAGGACGCUGACUCUCUGAAGAGGGCUUACCAGUUGAUUAAGUCCGCCAACCUGGGCAAGUCCGAGUUCGACCCCACAGAAAGCUUCAGCCCCGACCUGUUUGUUUUAUGUGCAGAGCAGGCCCUGAAGAUGGGGCAGCGGGAGGUGAGUGAAGACUGUAUCCAGAUGUACUUCAAGGUGAAGGGGCCGGUCACCCAGUUUCUGGGCCGGGCGCACCUGUGCAGGGCCCAGCUGUGUGCCCCCAAGUCCACGGAAAACAUGGAGGAAUUUGAAAAUUGUGUGACUCAGUAUAUGAAGGCGAUCAGCUUUGCAAAAGGAGAACCGAGGUAUUACUUCCUGGUAUACAACGCGUCGGUGCUUUACUGGCAGAUGGUGAGGCCAUUUCUCAAGCCUGGCUACCGCCACUACCUGGUCCCCAGCCUGGCCCAGAUGGUGAGCGCGCUCAGCCAGACGGAGGAGGAGGACAAGGAGUGGCAGGCAGAGCUGAUGUUGGAGCUCCUGGAGUGCUAUCUGCAGGCUGGGGAAAGCGGCGAGGCCGCGAAGUUUUGUGCCACCGCAGCGCCGUUCAUCAAGGCUCAUGUGCCGCAGAAAUACCGGCAAAUAUUUGCCCUGAUGGUCCAGCACGAGCUCAUGGACGAGCCUCAGUUGAAGGAAGAGAGGAGAAGCUCUAUCAGCCUGUCUGUCACUUUCCACAUUAAUAUGCUGAAAGCAAAACUGGAUCAAAAUGAUUUGCCUGAAGACGUCAACAAAAUUCUGAAGGACACCUACAAACUCUUAAGUCAGUACAAUCACCAGCGCUUGCCUUCAGUCAGAGAGGAAAAAAUGAUUUUGCUUUUUGAAUUAGCCCAUCUUUCUCUGACCUUGAAAUGCUGGGAGAUGGCCUCUGAUUGCCUCGCAGACCUGAAGAAGAUGGACAGCAAAGACCCUGCGAGGCUGAUUGAAGUUGAGUGCCUGGAGUAUGAACUGGAGGCUGUAAGACUGGAAAAUAAAAUUAAAACCUACACUCGAGAGGCUGUGGAGGCCCAGCUGGACGUAGUGCGGAGACUGGACGUCACGCUGCAGCGGGCCGCGCGCCUGGGCGAGCCCCGGCUCGUGCACACGGUGUGCGCCACCCAGUGGAACGCGUGCCUCCCGCUGCUGCAGCACAACCUGCGCCACCACCUGCGGAAGCCGCUGACCAGCAUCGCAGACGUCCUGGAGAAGGCGGACAGCCUCGCGGUGCAGCUCCGCUGCCAGGUGCACGUGGAGCUGGCGCACAUUGAGGAGGACGCGGACCGGCUGGAGCCCGCCAUGGAGCACCUGAGGAAGGCCGCACUGCUGGACGGCCUGGGCGUCUACCAGGACAGGAUCAGGAGGGCCCUCAACCGCCUGCAGCUGUGCACCACGCUGUACCAGGCGCCCACGCGCAACGAGGACAGGGCCACCAUGGCCAUCGAGCAGGCGAAGAAAGCGAUGCCCAAGGACAGCGUGCGCAAGAAGCGGGCGCUGCUGGUGAACGCGGGGCUGGCCCUGGCCCCCGACACCUUCCAGAUCGUGCUCGACAGUGAGAACGAGGCCAAAGUUUCCAUCGGGAAAACCCGGGGCCGCUUCACUUACCUGUUUGCCAAGGCACGGCACCACACACUCAGCGUGGACAAGGCCGUGGGCCACCUGCGGCGCCUGGGGGGCCAGAACGACAAGGAGCGGAUACACAUCUGGGCGGAGCUGGCCAAGGUGGCCCGGAAGCAGAACGUGUGGGACGUGUGCCGGACCGCCAGCCGCUUCUGCCUCCUGUACGACAGCGUCAAGGUGAAGAAGCUGGCCAAGUUCAAGCGAGGCAAGAAGAAGAAGGGCUGGGAUGGCCUGGGGCAGGACUCCUGGGGCCACUCCGAAGCCACCCUGCAGAAGCAGGCAUCCCCCACCCUGCUGCGCAAGUUCGCAGAGGUGGGCUUCAUCAGCGCUGAGGCCACCGUCCACCUGCUGCAGUCUGAAGGCGUGCAGCUGAACGACCAGCCCAUGCCCCCCGAGGACGUGAGCCAGCACCCGAUGGGCUACAUACCCGAGUGCCCGGAGGACAACGCCGAGUGGAUCGUGUACCGGAGCUGGGUAGAGGGCCUCUCGCAGUACGCCAUGAACUGCUGGCUGCGCUCCGCCGACAUCGGGCAGGAGAUCCAGGAGCCGUGGAUCGUGCAGAACGCCGUGGUCUAUGUGCUGAACCACAACCACCACCUCAUCAAGGCCGGGCGGCAGCGGGAGCUCCUGGACGCCUUGUACCACCUGCUGGGCAUCAUGAAGGCCGUGGGCCACAGUGGGGACUCGCUGCUGCUGGUGACGCUGUGCAGUGCGCUGGCGCGAGGCCUGAUUAUCCGCUGGAUCCCAGCCCUGGUGCCGGAGAAGGCCAGGAAGCAGGCGCGCUCCAACCCGCUCCACACGCCGCUGGACCCCGAGGCUGCCUCCGAAGUCAGGGCCGCCGUGGAGAUCUGCGAGUUUGCCCUGAACCUGACCAAUGGGAUGGAGCCCGAGGAGGUGGUGCCCGUGAGUGCCCGGCAGCAGCUCAUUGCAACGUGGGUGAAGGGCAAGCAGCUCCUGCAGCAGCAGAUCGGUCCCCGGCUGGGCACGGAGGAGCAGAGCACCAACGAGGACAUCAACUGCAUGACCAGAGUUCUUGUCGCUCUGGAGAUGUACUCCUGCAACGGGCUGGGCCUCAUGGACUUCACUGUGCCCCCCUUGGCCCAGCUGGUGAAGAUGGCCUCAGAGUGCACCUGGUCCGACCUCCUGGUGGAGUUGCAGACCCUGAUGCGGCUGACCCACUUCACCUACAUGGCCCGGGACCAUGAGGCCACCAUGGCCUGCUCACAGAAGGCCAUCCAGAUGGGCAUCAAGUACCUUCGGACCUUCAAUCCGGUGGAGGUUCAGCUGCUGGCGGAGAUGCUGAGCUCGGUGGCCUGCAUCCAGGGCAGGAGCAUCAUCGAAAACCUCAAGGGGCGGAAGCAGCUGCGCCUGGCGGCCGCCAAGGCCUUCAUCGAGAGCGCCAGGUUUGCAGGCGUCGCAGGGAGCAGCGCCCUGGUGAUGCUGGCCGCCCGGCACUGCUGGAACACCUGGCUCCCGCUGCUGGCCUCCGCCGGCGGCCGGAGGGAGUGCAAGAGCGCCACCCAGAGGCUCAUCGGCAUCGUCAACAAGACGGAGGCCCGGAAGCAGGAGAAAGGGGGAACGCUGCUUCUGCACCAGUGGCCCACGGCCGACUUCCAAAGCGGAGGGAUGACGGAAGGGAGCUUCCUCCCAGGGACCGAGGACGACCUACCGCUGCGGGCCGCGCUCUACGGGCUGCUCUUCCACAGCCACGCUGACCAGGGCGACUGGGAGGGCGGCCUCAAGGUGCUGGACGAGGCCAUGCAGGUGCUGCCGCGGACGGCGCACCGCCUCCUGAUCUUCAAACACAUGGUCAUCGUGAAGGCCAAGCUCGGCCAGAGCUUCCUGAUGGAGAUCCAGAAGUUCAGGGACCAGAGCGAGGAGUACCUGGCCCACAUGUGGCAGCGCCUGGCCCUCAACUCCAAGAGCAUGCACGGCGAGCUGACCUGCUACCACAACGCCAUCCAGGCCCUGCAGAAGCCGGAGAGCCAGUGGCAGAAGGUGGACUACAUCAUGGAGUUCAGCGAGUGGCUGUACUACAGGCAGUUCCCUCUGGAAGACGUGGUCUUCCACCUCAAGUGGGCGAUCGACAUCCUGCUGAGGAUGCACCCCGUGGGGCGCGUCCCCGAGCCGGCCGGCGUGGGGGCCACGGGCGCGGAGGAUGCAGACGAGCAGGUGUCCACUCUGGGGGCCAUGGAGGGCCCGGGGGACCCGGGGGCCCCCUCCCUGCAGGAGCUUCAGAGCGUGCGGCAGCUGGAGACGCUGGCCCGCGCCUACACGCUGCUGGCCCUGGUGGUGUCCCCAGGCGGCGCCGGCCACCAGGACUACUGCCUCGAGGCCUACGCCUUCCUGCACCGCAUCUGGCAGGUUUCUUUCUCAACAGCAGGAAAAUCCUCUUCAGAAAGUAGAAUUUCAGCAGUAGCAAGCUCGCACUUGUUGUUGCCUAAAAAAGAGAAGGAGAAAAGCAGAGACAGAGAUAAGGACAAGAUCAGAGACAAGGAGAGGGACAAGGACAAGGGGAGGGAUCCGAAGCAGUUCCAGAGCCCUGCUCCUGGCAAAUGCCUCGAAGACUUGCCCUCAAGCCUCGAAGAGUGGGCUUCCUAUGCCUGCCCCGAAGAAGUCAUAUCUGUAUUCAGACAGGAUCAGAGCGACUUUACCAUCAACUCGUCAACUAUCCAGAAGCCGACGUACAGCCUGUACUAUCUGGACCGCUUGGCGGAGGCCCUGCAGAAGAUGUUCCUUCACGAGCUGGCAGUCCCGGCCCUGCAGCUGGGGGCGCUCAUCGCAGCCUCCGUGGUUGAAAGCAAGAGCCUCAAGGACCUCUACCACCUCCGACUUGCCCUGGCUUGUUCCGAGUUGAGGUUGAGGGAGGCAGCCACGUACCACGAGGAGGUGGUGGGGCAGGCCUACAUCUGCGACGUGGAGCAGGCCAGCUGCAGAAAAGAAAUUGCCUUGAAAAAGGAGAAAAAUAAGGAGCCUCUAUUAGAAGAAAGUCUGCCAACACUGACUGAGCCCCCCGCUUCGGCCCCACAGGCAGAGAUGAAGCCCCUUGUAGCGCAGGAUAAGAUCCUGAAGGUAAACGAAGAGACGGGCAAGGGCCUGGACGGAACGUCCUUCCCGCUGCUGUGGACCCUCAAGGCCGAAGUCCUGCUGGAGAUGGAGCUGUACCAGCCUGCGCGGCUGCUGCUGUCAGAGGCAUAUCUGGCCUUCCAGGAGCUGGGCGACCCUCUCGCACAGGCCAGAUGCCUGCAUUUGCUGGCACAGCUCGCCAACAAGGAGAAGAAGCACGGGCAGGCUCAGCGGAUGGUGGAGCAGGCCCAGCGCCUGGGAGGCAGCGAGGAGUUCUGGUACCAGUCCACCCUGACCCUGGCGGACACGCUGCUGUCCGCAGAGGGUGAGAGGAGAGAGACCCUGGUCUGCAAGCUAUUCCAGAAACUCAUAGACACCUUCAACGUACUCAAGAAGGAGAGACCAAACCGAAUGCCCAUAUUGGAAUUCCUGACCACAGACCUGGAAGCCAGGUGUGUGAGCCUCCAGAUCAAAGCGGUCCAGGAGCAGCUGGACAGAGACCCCCUGCAGAACUUGUUUCUGAUGCUGGAAAUAGACGGCCGCUUGCUGGAGGUGGAGGAGAAGUUUGUCAGCAUUGGCCGCAAGGAGAAGUGCAUGGACAUUCAGCUGGAGCGGGCCCGCCUGAAGAGGUUGUGUGCCCUAAGUGAGAAAUACGAAGAGCAGAGAACUGCAUGGUACUUGGAAGCGUACGACCUGGCCCAGAGAGCCGUGGCUGGAGCGGUGGACCUGUUUCUCAGCGUCCAGAGCUUACUGUCCCUUCAUGACUUACAGAAUGUCAGCAGCCCUUUGAUGCGAAGACUCCGGCACCUCAGGCUUAGCCUCGUGGAGGGCUGCCUGGACACGCUGCAGCUCAUCUGGGAGGACGCCCGGAAGCGGCAGCUGGAGCAGAGCUCCACGGACAAGCUGCUGUCCGACUUCCUGCAGAGCCCCAGUGACUACACCGCUGUCGGCCUGAAGUGGUUCAACCUGAAGCACAGUCUGGCGCACAUGGUGCUGGCGCAGCUGGGGAGCCUGCAGUCGCUGAGUGCAGACUGCGAGGAGCCACACCCACGGCUCCUGGGCCUGGCCGGGAAGGCGCUGCACCUGCUGGCCGAGAACUGGGACCUCCUGCUCCCCGCCUGCUACUGGGAGGAGAGCCUCUGGGGGGCCCCUGAGCUGAGCAGCCUCAGGGGUCUGGAGGUCAACCAGGAGGACCUGGAACAUGAAGGGCCCUACAGUGAACUGCCAUCGUUCAGGGCCGCCCCCGAGGAGCAGAGGAAGGGCUGGGAUCAGAGGAGGAGGGUGGUGCUGGCCCAGCAGUACCUGGCCCAGGCGUCCGAGGUGCUGCUGCAGUGCCUACAUGGGGCCCUGGGCAGCAACCUCCUGGACGUCGCCGCGGCCGCCAGCCUGGAAAUGGUGGAGUGCAUAGGCAUCCUGGAGCCGGUGACCGCCUGCCAGUUCCUCGCGCUGUCUCAGAGCUGCUCGGCCUCCGAGAGGAUGCGUGAUGUCCUGGUCGCAGCCACGGCCAACACCAGCAGCUCACAGCUGGCUGCGCUGCUGCAGCUCCAAGACAGGCUGAGGCACCAGGAGAGGACGUCCACCAACCUGUGUGCCAGCGUGGAGCAGAGACUGGCCACCAUAUCCAAGGCUUGGCAAAACCUCUGGGUCACGGAACAGCACUUUAACCUCUUGAAUGACAUUCCUCCCACGGCGCGGAUCGUCUUUCUGCACCACUCCAGGGACAGGACCCAUCUGUACGGCGCCUCCUAUGACAAACCCAAGUCCAUCCCUGCGGCCAAAGGCAGAAUACUCCAGACCGGGGGCUCCUGCAGGGUGGCUCGGGUGGCCGUGAGCCCCGCCGACUUCUCCCGCCUGCUGGCCAGGGUCCAGCAGUUCCGGGAGCAGGCCCAGGCUGAGGCCUACAGUAGGGACAUAGCCCUGAGCACUGGCCUGGAGUCAGAAGGCGUGCCCCCGAUGGGGGAGGACCGUGCGCUGCCGAGGUUUGAGGCGGUUUUGAAGUCUAUGGAGCAGUACCUGCAGCCGCUGUUCCCGCUGCUCAGCUGCCCCCCAGAGCCCAGAGCACCGAUCCCCAUGGUUGUUGCAGAUUCUGGAAAAACCAAGGGCAAAGACAAGGAGAGGAAAGCGUCCCUGUCCCAGGUGCAACCCGAGGUCGCAGAUGACGUCAUCCUGAUCGCGGACAGGCACCUGCUGGAGCUGCCACUGGAAGGGCUCUCCGUGUUCGACGACGGGCUGGUCUCCUCACUGUCACGGGAGUUUUCUCUCCAGAUGCUGUGCAAUCGCCUCCGCAGAGAGGAGCCAGAAGGGAACAUGAAGAAGGAGAGCAGAGGCAGAGAUCACAAGAAGAGAGGCGCAGCACGGAAGCCCGGGAAGGGCAGCGCACCGCGGAUCGUCCCCUCCCACUGCGUCCUCGUCGACUCGGACAGCUUCAAGUUCGUCGUGGAUCCCUACGAGGAGGCCCAAGGCCCAGAAAUGCUGACUCCUGUCUCCGUGACCCGGGAAAUUUUGGAAAGAUUCCGAGACACGUUCACUGCGAAAUGGACGGGGCACCUGGGCAAUAAGCAGUUUCCCAGCCAGGCCGAGUGGGAGCAGCUUCUGGGCAGCUGCACAGGCUUCUUCUUCUACGGCAUGGAGAACUUCCUAUCGCACAUAUUAGUGGAAAGGCUGGCCGCCAUGAACUUGGAAGAGUGCCAGCUGGUGGUGCUGCUGGACCUGGCCCAGUCCUACGAGAGUGUACGGCGCCACGCGGAGUCCUCGGAGAGCAGGAGUGAACUCCAGCUGUCCUUGGAGGAGCCAGUCGAGACCGCCAUCCUCCUGAGCCUGGUGGGGGUCGGGAGCAUCGUGGCGAGCCAGUGGCCUACGGUCCUGCAGGACAAUGCGAUGCGGGCCCGGGUCCUGUGGGAAAAUCUGUUGGCAGUUGGCAGGCCGAUCGGGAGGACAAUUCGCCUGCUUCAGGAGGUGGGAGCCAGUGAAGCCGCCCACCACGACGAGUCCCUGCACGCUUGGAAGGACCGGCCAGCGGCGCUCCGGCCACAGCUGCAAGGCUCCGAGUGGCUCCCCAUCACCCUCAACACGGUCCUCUAUGGGCUGCCGCACCAGGCCAUCGUGUGAGGGGCACCCGGCACGCUCCCGGGGGCCUUCAGCCUCCUCCCGAGACCCCUGCCAGGCUGCGUAGCAGAGCCCCCACCCCGUUCUGCACAGGGCAGCACCUGCCCAUCUCCACCGUGAAGCCAGGGCCCCAUGGGGGGAGGAGAGUCUCUGGGGCUGGGUGGGGGUACCUGGGCCCACCCUACAGCUGCCUGGACCCUGGGCCCCUUGCUUCUCCAGGCUCUCCUUGGGGCCCCAGGCCUCCAUGCCUUUGCUCCUAAUGAGGACACGGGUCUGUCCAAGUGCUUCA